AUGACAUCAGUACACGCAUUUCUAUUAUAUUUCUUUCUUGCAUUCAAUACAGGCGCAAGCGCAGGUUACGCAAGAUAUGCUCAUGAGAACCAUGCUGUUGCAAAUGUAUCGUCAGCUGCGAAGAGUGGCCUAGCGUGGCCAAAUGGUGAUACUGUGAAUAUGGCACAGUUCCUCGGCACCAACAAAGUAUCUUGGUACUACACAUGGAGUCCCUACGGUAUUUCCCAAGACAAGGGCCUGGAGUUUGUGCCCAUGCUAUGGGGAUUGAACCAGGUCCACGACUGGACGUCGUCCAUCAAUCGCACGAUGGGCCAAAAUAGAAUCACGACAGUACUCGGAAUGAACGAGCCCCAGCAAACUGGACAGUCGAAUUUGACAGCCGAACAAGGCGCGGAUUUAUGGCGCACAUAUAUCGAGCCUCUUCGCUCUCGGGGCAUCAGACUUGGCAGCCCGGCUACGUCCAGUGCACCCUCCGGUAAAGUCUGGAUGCACGAUUGGCUUCAGGCAUGUAAUGGAGGUUGCACCAUCGACUUUGUGGCUCUUCACUGGUACGACAUCAACGCCAGUAACUUCAUCCAAUACGUGGAGGACUUUCACAAUACCUUUCAAAAGCCCAUUUGGGUCACAGAGUGGGCGUGCCAGAAUUUCAAUAACGCUUCCGAUCAAUGCUCUGCGGAAGAGAUUACUGCAUUUCUGAAUACCACGCAGUCAUGGAUGGAUAAUACUGAUUGGGUAGAAAGAUACUCCUGGUUCGGCGCCAUGCGCGAUAUGCAGGGUGUUAACGAGAACAACGCUCUCAUGGACACCUCGGGGAAGAUAAAUUCCCUCGGACGGCAAUACAUAGGCGCGAAUGCUACGGGGCCCACAAAUGUCACCGAAGCGUGGCUUGAGACUAAGGAGCGCUGUUGGAUAGGUAGUCAUGUCCUAGGAUGA